CUCCGACGUGUGUACCUCCGUCAUUUCCGCCCGACGGUAAAAAAACAAACAUACGACUGGCAAAAGAGCCGUAAUGAAACCGAACCUAAAAAGCUCAACCACCACCUAUAUUACCAUGUGUAGCAUACAGGUCAGGCGGUGAGGUAGCUAACGACACGGGGAACUAAUGUUGGCUAGCCAACCAGCCUUUUUACAACAUGAAUUUAAGAGGACUCUUUCAGGACUUCAACCCCAGUAAGUUCCUGAUCUACUCGUGUCUGCUGCUCUUCUCCGUGCUGCUCUCCUUGAGGCUGGAUGGAGUCAUCCAGUGGAGUUACUGGGCUGUGUUCACCCCGAUAUGGCUGUGGAAGCUGUUGGUCAUCAUCGGGGCCUCUGUGGGCACCGGAGUCUGGGCACACAACCCCCAGUACAGGGCUGAAGGGGAGACGUGUGUGGAGUUCAAAGCCAUGCUGAUCGCGGUGGGGCUCCACGUCCUGCUGCUGAUGUUCGAGGUGUUGGUGUGCGACCGCGUGGCGAGGGGGAACUACUUCUGGCUUCUCGUCUUCAUGCCUCUCUUCUUCGUGUCGCCCGUCUCUGUAGCAGCCUGCGUCUGGGGGUUCAGACACGACCGCUCGCUCGAGUUGGAGGUGUUGUGUUCAGUUAACAUUCUCCAGUUCAUCUUCAUCGCCCUGAGGCUCGACAGGAUCAUCAACUGGCCUUGGCUGGUGGUGUGUGUUCCACUGUGGAUCCUGAUGUCCUUCCUGUGCCUUGUUGUCCUCUACUACAUCAUCUGGUCUGUCCUCUUCCUGCGCUCCAUUGACAUCAUCGCCGAGCAACGGCGGACUCACAUCACCAUGGCAAUCAGCUGGAUGACAAUCGUCGUGCCCCUCCUCACCUUUGAGAUCCUUCUGGUGCACAAGCUGGACGGCCACAACAGUCUGAGCUACGUGUGUGUGUUCGUCCCCCUCUGGCUCUCCCUGCUCACCCUCAUGGCCACCACGUUUGGCCAGAAGGGAGGAAACCACUGGUGGUUUGGCAUCCGUAAGGACUUCUGCCACUUCCUGUUGGAGCUCCUCCCCUUCCUGCGAGAGUAUGGUAACGUGUCCUACGACCUCCAACGCAGCGAGGACCCCGAGGCGGCCGAGGAUCUGCCCAUCCCCGAACCGCCGCCAAAGAUUGCCCCGAUGUUCCACAAGAAGACCGGCGUGGUGAUCACGCAGAGCCCCGGGAAGUACUUUGUCCCGCCGCCUAAACUCUGCAUUGACAUGCCGGACUAACUGGAUCAGGGCGGACGGGGACGAGACGUGGAGCCAAAACAGCAGAGGACACUGUGUUUGUUUUGGUUUUAUCGAAGGAUUUGGUCCCCUCGCCUAGACUCUGCAUCAGCAUGGCUGCCGAGAGAGACGCACUAGAGCCAGCAUGGUGAUGGAACACUAAUGGAUCCAUGAGAGUCAAGACUGCCCCGCCUAACUCGGUCCAGGAUUAAAUCAUGGAACCAAAAUAAAGACUUCUUUGUUUUUUAUCCGUAGGUGAAGUUUCACUGUUUUGCUUACUUUCCCAGUUUGGACGUUUUGGGGGAAAUUGACAACAGAAUUGUCUCCAAUUCACUUGGAUCUAAAUAUUUAGGCUGACAUGAACGCUGACAGAAGAGCUGGAUCUUUGUAGACUUGAAUAUUUGACUCUGUAACAGCUGUUGAUCGUUGACUCAGACAAACCUAAAGCGAAGAUGACAUUCGUCUUGCUUUAAGAUGGGGACCAUUAGAGACAUACUAGCUUGAAUUUGGGAUCUUUUCCCCCCCCUGUGUGUCCAUGCAGAGGGAGAAACUAAGGGAGGUGGAGGUAAAGGAAAGGUUCAGCUUGUUUUCAGGUUUUUAACACAAUGUUUGCAUGCCCUUAUGUAUACUGAAAGAGUUGGUACCUUCGCCAAGGAGGUCUGUUCUUUGUCUCGGUUUGCUUCCCUCCGUCUGCCAGCAACAUUAUGGAACAGCUCUUCUCCUGAUUAUCAUGAAACUAGGUUCCUCCUUUAUCACACCCUUCCACCAUAAACCUGGGAGAGGAUUCGAAAGCAAAUUGCGGAUACACAAAUAUUUUGUUUACUUUUGUCAACAUUGUGGGGCAUUUGUGCUGCAUUCAAUUCAAUUUAUAUUGUCAAAUCCUAACAGAUGUUAUAUCUGCACUCUUUACAGAUACAGAGUAGUUCUAGACCUCACGUCUCAAUCCAAUUUACAGAAAUACCAGCAAUUCCCCCAAGAACAUUUGCACACAGCAGCAGGAAAAAAAAGUCUUUUUUUUUUCAUGUGGUGUCAGAAUAAUCGG